AAGGCAAGCAACGGAGAAGACCUGUUGGGGCAACGCUACACGUUUGAGUUUGCAUUUGUAGAGUUUCAUCUAUUUGAACGUCUUUCUUAAACUUAGUUGUGUUUUCUGCACUAGUGAGAGUCGGAACGGUUACCGAGUCAUUCACCGACAUAUGGCGAGAGCAGCUAUCUGUUAAUGUAGCCAUAGAGCAGUGGUGGAAAAGCUGUUAACCAAGUUAAAUCCGAGACCUACAAAACAGUUUAUAACAUGGACGUGUCGUCUGACGAAGCUGACGACUGGUUUAUGGAGUCAUUACACAUGUAUAAAGACUUGCAUGUAUUUCAGCUGGAGCAUCCAACAAAAGUCAUAGAAUGGACGAGUGAAAAAAGUGUAUGUGUAGCAGGUUACUCUUCACCAAAGAAUGAAAUUUUAGAGCUGCUGUUGCCUUUGAAGCUGUAUGCUGGAGAUAAGCAGGGCCUGUGUCCAGAGCGAGAUUUUAAAGUACAGCAUGGAGGAUUCUGCGAUGAGCCAGUUGAAUGUCUGAGACACAUCUUUGGAAAAAGUAACAGGUGUGUGGUGACAAGUGGACAUAAUAGUUCCAAACUCCAGGUUUGGGACCUCGGAGAAGAUGACAGUGAUGUUAUCAAGAGGACUGGAGUUAUAAACCUUGAACGCACGUCAGCUGAAGGCAGAAAAAUUGCUUCAGGCUUGACGGAGGAUCCUUCUGUCCUGCAUGGAUGUCAGAUCAAUGAUGUACAGCUAAUUGAGUUAGCCUCCGGGAAAGUGCUUUAUGCAGUAGGCACAGAUUCAUUGGAUGCAGUGAGUGGUCUGCAGUUUGUAAACGCAAAUGAAUUUGUCAUUUGCGCAAAUAAUGGAACUCUGUAUGUUGGAGAUACAAGGCAUCCAAGGAUAGAGCAAUAUGCUCUCCAAGCCAGUGUGACCAGAUCACGCUGGAGUUUUGGACUAAAAACAAAUCUGCCUCAGUCAGACCUCGCCUCUUGCACUGUCUCAAGGCUCUCUUCCUGUGGGCAGGUGUUACUGUCCGAUUUCCGAAAAAUGAGCAGUCCAGUCGGAGAAGCUCAGCUUAAUCUUCAACAUAGUUUUCCCAGCAGUGACUUUAUGACAGUGACGUGGGCUCCUGCUCUGGAUAACUUUCUGUCUGUAUCAGGGUUGGAUGGAACAGUUCUUGUCUUCGACACAACACGUUGGACCACUGACUUGAAGAACCCAGAGCCUAUUUUUGUACACCGUGGUCACCACUUUUCAUGUGAGGCAAAGACUGAUGGUACUCCGCUUGUGGUCACUACUCACGUGUGGCAUCCAUGGCGACCAAGAACUCUUCUGUCAGCAGCUUCAGAUGGAUCUAUACAUGUGUGGGAUUGGGUGGACAAAGAGAAUAAUAGUCUUUGAUCUUGUAUGUAUGAAAAGUACAAGCAUAUUGUUUGUUUAGCUUUUUUUUGUAGCUGGGUUUUUAUAAAAAAUUUAAAAAAAAAAAGAAGGAGAAGCACUUGCACUCUCCACUGACAAAAAAUGCUUGAAUAAACAUUUUGAUAUGAAA